CUAGCUCAGAUCAGUCCCCCCCUCCUCUUCCACAACACGGAAGCAGCAUGGCGUCCAACAGCAGCUCCAGCAGGUACCAGACAGCACGGCACAGACUGAGCAUCAUCGCUGGACACCUGCAGAGACCUGCGGACAGUGAUGCUGCCCUUCUAGCCGUUGACUGCAAAGCCCAGGCGAACAAACCAAACGUCAGCGCCGGUGACAGGAGCGAGGGGAGGACAGUGCCUAGGAAGAGGCAGGAGAUUAUGAAAUGGAACGGCUGGGGAUACAGCGACUCCAGGUUCCUCUUCAACAAGAAAGGCCAAGCAGAAUUUACUGGGAAAAGGUAUAGACUGAGUGGGAUGAUCAUCCCUGGGCUGAAGGACUGGAUGGAAAGCACGUUUGGUGCCAAUUUGCAGCAUAAAACCCAAGCAACACCUGCUCUGAAUAGCAGUGCUGUACAGCCUCCUACAUUAAAUGAGGUCUUUGUGGAGGAGCUGAAGUCUACAGGUAUUCCUUUCUCUCACCGGGCAGAAGACCGGGUUUUCCGUGGCCACGGCCACUGCCUACAUGAGAUCUUUGCUCUGAGAGAGGGAAAAAUCGGCCGUGUUCCAGAUAUGGUGGUUUGGCCAAGCUGUCACAAUGAUGUGGUGAAAAUUGUGGAGCUGGCUUGCAAACAUAAUGUUUGUCUGAUCCCUUAUGGAGGUGGAACGAGUGUGUCUAGCGCCCUGGAGUGCCCACCAGAGGAAACUCGAUCUAUCGUCUCAUUGGAUACCUCACAGAUGAACCGUAUUUUGUGGAUUGAUGAGCAAAACCUGACUGCACAUGUGGAGUCUGGCAUCGUCGGUCAGGAUCUGGAGAGAUUGCUUAAUGAGAGCGGCUACUGUACAGGGCACGAGCCCGACUCCAUGGAGUUCAGCUCCCUGGGGGGUUGGGUUGCUACGAGAGCCUCGGGCAUGAAGAAGAACAUCUAUGGCAACAUUGAAGAUCUGGUGGUUCAUAUCAAGAUGGUUACUCCUCGAGGUGUGAUUGAAAAGAGUUGUCAGGGACCGCGGAUGUCCACGGGUCCAGACAUUCACCACUUCAUCCUUGGUUCAGAAGGAACCCUUGGUGUAGUUACCGAGGUAACGAUAAAGAUCCGUCCCAUACCAGAGUAUCAGAAGUACGGCUCUGUGGUGUUCCCCAGUUUUGAGCAGGGUGUGGCCGGCCUUCGAGAGGUGGCUAGACAGAGGUGUGCUCCAGCAUCUAUACGGCUUAUGGAUAAUGAACAGUUUAAGUUUGGCCAUGCCCUUAAGCCACAAGUAUCUUCCAUUUUCACAUCUUUUCUGGAUGGACUGAAGAAGUUUUACAUCACCAAGUUCAAAGGGUUUGACCCCAAUCGCUUGUGUGUGGCCACCCUGCUCUUUGAGGGAGACCGAGAGAAGGUCCUGCAGCACGAGAAGCAAGUUUAUGACAUUGCUGCAAAGUUUGGGGGCCUGGCAGCAGGAGAGGACAAUGGACAGAGGGGCUACAUGUUGACCUUCGUCAUCGCUUACCUUCGGGACUUGGGGAUGGACUACUACGUGAUUGGGGAGUCUUUUGAAACCUCUGUGCCUUGGGACAGGGUUUUGGACAUUUGCCGGAAUGUGAAGGCCCGCAUCGUGCAAGAGUGUAAAGACAAAGGAGUGCAGUUUCCACCACUGUCAACCUGCAGGGUGACUCAGACGUAUGAUGCUGGAGCCUGUGUCUACUUCUACUUUGCCUUCAACUACAGAGGACUCAGUGAUCCGGUGCACGUGUACGAGCAAGUCGAGCAUGCGGCUAGAGAAGAAAUCCUUGCAAAUGGAGGGAGCUUGUCACAUCAUCAUGGAGUGGGAAAACUUCGGAAGGAGUGGAUGAGGGAGACCGUGUCCAGCGUUGGCAUGGGGAUGCUCAAGUCUGUCAAGGACUAUGUUGACCCAAACAACAUCUUCGGCAACAGGAACCUCCUCUAAGUCCAAGUUCCCGUCCGUUAUCUCACCUAUUUGUUUUCUAAAAGCACCCUGUGCAUUUUGGAUUAACGGCUAACUAAAUGUGAAUUUAAAACAGCCAGAGAUCUUCUCCAUCAGAAAAAAAGUCUCGGUGCCAUUUAAUGAUUCACUCUUCUCCUUUACCACACAUAGCACUUAAUCUGCUGAAGCAAUCGUCGAAGAUCAUUCUCACCCAACUUCUUCUAACAAGAUUCAUCUGGGCGCAGCUAAACGUUGACUUAUCUCACAUUUUCCUGAUCACCUUUGCCAACAUAGAGGAAGCUGAUUCAUGAUCCUCCUGUGUGUGUGUGUCUGUGUGUGUGUCUGUGGCACUACUUUAGUGGUAAGUUGUCGCUUUCUAAAGCUCUGUGCCUUUCUAAA